GCCGCGACGUAUUAUGAUAUAGCUGUGCCAUAUGAUGUGACACGUACAUGAUUAUUAUUUCAAAUUCUUCACACGACAAUGUCUAGAACAUUACAAUAUGUAUUUCUUUAUAGCGAAUUGUCAAAUUCCUAUAACACUCGGUUUAGUUUAUCGUAAAACAAGUUAAUUUUUAACACAUGAGCUUUGUAAUCGUGGGCGCUGUCAUCGAUAGAUUCAAGAUGGCCAUGGUGCAUUACGGAAAAGAAAAUUCGAAACGUUUAGACAAUAAUUUUUAAUAAUAUAUGAUAUUAAAUUAAUUACAAGAAAAAUUCAAUUAAAGUUCGAUCGAUACAUAGAGUAUUAAUUUUUCUCGGUAACACUGAGAACACCAUGCAGAAAGAACGAAAACCAAAAUGGCAUUUUUCAAAGCGAGCUGAUUUCAGGAAGAACCUCCGAUGUUAGCGGGGAGGAUGAUUUUCUUAGUUUUGUGGCGAUUUCGCCAGUGAUCAAUGUGAAUUGACUGGCUGUAAGUUUCUUGUGCAAUUUAAAUGUCAAGCAUGUCUCCUCCUUUAAAUCGAAAACGAAGCUCGUCUGUUAGUUUUACAAGAGCUAAGGAUGAUAGCGAAGAUGCUACAGAUGAAAUUCAUAUAUCUUUAGCACCAUAUAUACAAACAUAUUUGGCACACAGUGGACAAGGACUUGGAUGUUGCGGAAUUAGCCUUCCAGUACCAUUUGAACGUGCAGCACCAAGAUCUUGGUGGAACCCUAAAUUUGAUUCAGAAAUACUUGAAGAACAAUUUAAAAGAAGUGCCUUUCCACAAAUUAGAUUAAGAUUCCGGUAUGCUUUAACAUAUAUUUUAUUGGUUUCUUUAUCCUGGCUGGUAUAUUUUGUUGUAAUUGGAACAGAAUACAAUACUACAACAUGGCCAGCAAUAGCAGCAAUUUUCACUGCUAUUGGAGCAAUGGUAUCAGCAGUUUUAUAUCUAACACAUAGAGAUUAUUAUAAAAGUUAUGUGUUACCAAUUUCAUUAGGAGUUGCAACUAUACUUUGCAUCCUGUCUUUACUUUUUCUCACAAUAGUACCACCCUAUAUAGAUGGCUUAACUCUAGUCGGACAUUUUGCACUCUGUUCUGAGAUUUUGUUAUUGAUUUACACUGUCUUGCCAAUGCCACUAUAUGCUUGUGUGGGAAUAUCAAUGAUUUAUUCUUUUCUGUUUGAAUUUUUGACUGCAUACCUAUAUGGUACAAAAAGUGCAAGAGAAAAGUUUUUUAGCAAACACAUUUUAUUGAAUACUUCGACAGGAAGUGAUACCAUUCUGAGAAACUUUAACAACAAUCAAUUUUCUAAUGUGAUGCAUGAUGACAACGAAUCUACAACUACAAGUAUGAAGUUAGUAUCAUAUUCACAAGAUUCAAAAUUGUUAUCUGCUCUUGAAAUGAAAUCAAAUCAAGAAAAUAUAAUUAAAAGGAUAUCUGGAGUUUUAAAUGAUACCAAUGUUUUCAAGAACUUAAAUUCUAGUAUAACAUCAACAAUAACUAAUAUUAACUCUGCCAUAAACGCUUCAUCUAAUGAUUUAAUCUCAAAAAGUAUAAACAAUGAAACAGAAAUCCAUAAAAAUGGUGAAAUGUCAAACUAUUUACUAAAUAGCAACAUAUCUAACCAAUCAUUUUCGGAUGAUUAUUUUUCUACGAGUCUUGGAAUAAGAAUCUUAAUGCAGAUCUGCAUUCAUCUGAUAGGUAUACAUAUUUUAAUAAUGACUUUUGUGAGAAUGCGUGGUACAUUUAUGAAGGUUGGGCAAUCACUGUUAGUUCGACGACAACUCGAGAUGGAAAAACAACUUAAAGAGAAAAUGAUUCACUCAGUAAUGCCGCCUAAAGUCGCAGACUGGUUAAUGGAAGAAAGUGAACGUGAAAGAGAGCGGGAGGAUUCUUUAAAAAAAGGUUCGAUACCGUCCAAUAAUACAGAUAUUCGCUCAUUGUUUCGACCAUUUAAUAUGCAUUCAAUGGAAAAUGUUAGUAUCUUAUUUGCUGAUAUUGUCGGAUUUACGCGAAUGAGUUCCAAUAAGACUGCAGAGGAAUUGGUAGGCAUUUUAAAUGAUCUUUUUGAAAGAUUCGAUGAUUUAUGUGAACACCAUGGAUGUGAGAAAAUUUCUACUUUGGGAGAUUGUUAUUAUUGUGUAAGUGGAUGUCCAGAACCAAGAACUGAUCAUGCAAAAUGUUGUGUAGAAAUGGGAUUAGCUAUGAUAGAAGCUAUAAAACAAUUUGAUAUUGAAAGAAAAGAAGGUGUUAAUAUGAGAGUUGGAGUACAUACUGGGACUGUGCUCUGUGGAAUUGUAGGUACUAAAAGAUUUAAAUUUGAUGUUUGGUCUAAUGACGUGAGUUUAGCGAACAAACUAGAAAGCACGGGAAAACCAGGAAGAGUUCAUUUAAGUGAGAAAACAUUAAAUUUCCUCAAUGAUGGUUACAUUACAGAAGAAGGGGAUUUAAUAAAUGGGAUUAAAACUUAUUUUAUUAAAAGUCGAAAAUCAGAUUUCACUAACCAGUUCAUAAUGAAUAUUACAUCUCCAACAAGUAUAUCGCCUUUGAUGCAAUCGCGUCAACGUGUGGCCUCUUGUAAUAGUCAAUCUAAAUCUAAAUAUCAUUACCUUCAUAUGGUUACUAAUACAAGUAAUUAUAGAAUGAAAGCAAAUUCUUUGCCAAGUAUUCUAGAUUCUGAAAACGGAGAUACUGACACUGCAGAUGAAAAGGAGAACGCAAAUAAAAGUCCGAUAUCUGUUGCUAGUUAUGGAAAAAAGAAAGGACGAAAUAAACCAUGGAAAUAUUUACAACGACAACGAACUACCGAAGAAAUGACACCUUUAGAAAUGGAAGAAGCCAAAGCAAUUAUUGCUGAAAAAUCAAAAAUUGAAUCUCAAUCGUACGAAGAUCGCAAUGGAUUUAGGCAGAAUACAUCUCAAAAUGAGAUUGAAAUGGAUCCGAAUCCUGUACCUUCUAGUCCUUUAUUGUCUGGUCAGGAGCCACUCAGUCGUGCCUCUUCUAUGUGCAGUAGGAAAGAUUCCGGAAUUAGAAGUAAUAGUAGACGUAGUAGUAUACAGCAGCAGUUAUUUUUGAUGAAUGGUAUGGCUCAAGGGGAUUUAUUGGGACAUAGAGUGAGCGGCUAUUAUACUUCUAGUUCGACAUUAAAUUCUGUUCAAGAGCCAUCGUCUUCGGUACCACCCUAUCCAUUUCCUCCAGCAGUCACAGAUACCUUUGGUGCAUGUUUUCACAAAUUAAGAAAACAAUCUGACCUACAAUUAAUCAGGUGCGUUCAAGAUAAUGUAAGUUCUCAACGAUCAUACUUCGUGAAACCACCACUUUCGAGUUUGACACUCUUUUUCAAGAACAAAGAAAUGGAGAAGGAGUAUAGAGAGAAUGCUCACAAGGUUAGCGAAUGUAUCAGUGGAAAUCCACCUACUCUGGCUACUUCGAGAUUCAAUACGUAUUUUGAUAUUCUAAUAUCGGCGUUGGUUUAUACUGCCGUUACAGUUUCACUUUUUUUACUGUGCGAUCCAACAUUAUAUUAUAUGAUAUUUUUUGUGUGUGCUACUACCAUUCAAAUUAUAGCAGUAUCGCUUUGUGUUCGUCAACUUUUAUAUCCGAAUAUGGUUCAUGCAACGUUGACACAGCAAAUAUUUAAAUUUUUUUCACAGUGGUAUCCUUGGCACAUUUGCGGUGCAUUUCUGGUCGGCUUACCGAUUACGUCAAUUCUUCUUAAUUAUACGUGCAAUAACUUUCAUAAUUUGAAUAAUUUUGAAUAUUAUUAUGGUUACUUAAUCUUUAUUGGUUUAAUUCAUUUCUGUAACUUCACACAACUCAAUUGUUGGAUGAAAAAUUUUCUGGUAACAUUCAUGGGCGUAUUGUUUCUAUAUCUUGUAAUGAAUCAUCAUAAUGUAUCAUAUGAUCAAGAAAAUCUCGGUAAUCAAUUCAUUAACAGUUCAUUAAAUUACUCGCAAGCCGUGAUAAAUAAACGUGCCAUUGAUUUAAUCAAAAAUCAAUUUAAUAAAACUAUUGCAAAAAAAGUAUUCAAGAAUACUUCCAAUUUCUUAUUAAAUUCCACAAUGAAAGUUGCUCUUAUGAGGCAACAAGAAGCAGAAAUCAGAUAUCAUGAAAGAUUAUAUAAUUCUGAGAUUUUUUUAGAUAUGAUACUUUUACUUUUAUUAGUUUGGUUUUUAAAUCGUGAAUUUGAAAUUAGUUAUCGGUUAAGCUUUCACGGAAACGCGGUAGCCGCACGAGAUAAAAGUCGUGUGCAAUCUAUGAAAAAUCAAGCUGAUUGGCUUUUACACAACAUUAUACCAAAAUAUGUUGCUGAUCAAUUAAAAACAACUGCUAAAUAUUCACAGAAUCAUAAAGCUGUAGGAAUUAUUUUUGCAAGCAUAGUAAACUUUAAUGAACUCUAUGAUGAAUCGUAUUUGGCUGGAAAAGAAUAUUUGCGUGUGCUUAAUGAACUUAUCGGUGAUUUCGACGAGUUGCUAGAGAAGCCAGAAUUCUCAAAUGUAGAGAAGAUUAAAACUAUCGGUAGCACAUUUAUGGCAGCAAGCGGUUUAAACCCACAAGUUAGGCAACAAAGUGAACAUGAAUAUAUGCAUCUGUUUCAGUUAAUAGAUUUUUCUGUGGCGAUGCAUAAAGUAAUAAACGAUUUCAAUCGGGAGUUGUUAGGUUUUAAAUUAAUUUUGAGAAUUGGCUUUAAUUAUGGUGACGUAACUGCUGGAGUAAUUGGAGCAACCAAGUUAUACUAUGAUAUUUGGGGUGACGCUGUAAAUAUAGCAUCUAGAAUGGAUUCGACUGGAGUCGCUGGAAGAAUACAAGUGGCCAAGAAUUCUUUAAAUGUUCUCUCGGAACAAUACGAGUUCGAACCACGUGGUCAAGUCUAUGUUAAAGGAAAAGAUAAUAUGGACGUAUUUUUAUUAAUAGGAAAAAAAAGCGAUAUUAAUACAACGACAAACACUCAAGAAUUUUUAAAUCCCUAAUGAUGAGAAGAGUCUAUUGUUUAUAAAUUUAAUCGUUUGCAAGUUACAUUUGUAUCCAGCAUAUGAUCUUUCCUGGGAUCAGGCUUCUAGCGAUAUUUCGAUCUCGUUGAGAAUUGUAUGAAUUUUGAACGUGCUACGCGUUACAUACGUUAAAAACGUACCUUAUUCUUUAAUUGCUCGUUCAUUAAAGAUAUUUAUUCUUAACGAAA